UUCUCUCAUUUGAUUUUAUGUUAAUAACAACUUUAAAAAGUGUUAAGGUAUAAGGAAAUCUGGUAUCUGUUUUUUCAGACUAAUAUUUUUUUUUUAACUAUGGAAAACAUAUGUGGUGUGAUGUAUGGUAUAAAAGUGGUUUAUAUUUUCUUAUUAUAUCAACUGAAUGUGACCUCUAGAUGGUGUUUAGCUAAUUGAUGCUAUUGAAUUUUCACCAAGUAGUAAUUGUUUUGUGCUUUGCAAAAUAACUGGUAUGUUAUACCCAUGGUGGAAAGCUUUUGCUAUAUUUCUUAUCAUUAUUAAAAAAAUACAAUAACCAACUUUUUUGUAAUAAGACACAUAUAACUGUACUUUAUUAUUGGGUGACAGACAUUAUUGGGAGAUAAUGGAUAUUGCAAUAAUGUGAUAAUGCUGUAAGAUACCAGAAAUGCAUAAUGGAUUUUACACAAAACAAUUAAGCACUGAUAUAUGCUACUCAAAGACAAAAGUCAUUCACAUCAACUUUUUGAAUGUAAUUUUAUGUUUGUAUAUUGGGCUUUGAAAAGGUAUGCAAUUAAUUGUGUAGGAUAUCAUGUAGCAGUUUAAUUGCUCUUAAGGUGGAUAUGGAUGCAAUGGACUUGAAGUAGUCAUAAUGUAAUAGUUGUGAAAAGCAUGUACACACUUAUUGGAUAUUAAUUAUUAAGGAGGAAGCAAAAACUGAUGGAUUUUAAAUGUUAUCGAAUUUGAUCUGUGAAUUAGGAAGAAAAUGUGAAUUGGAGAUAAGUUUGAAAAGAACUAUUCAACAUUUAUUGAUCAGUGUAGAUUUUAAAAAUCCAUGUUUUUGUGCAGGACAAUUUGUCUGACAAAGAAUAUAUUCAAAGGGAAAGAAAUUUGUCAAAAUUUUGAAAUGCCUUUUGAAUUUGAAAUUAUUUCACUUUAUGUCUGUGAAAUAAGUGAGAGCAGCAAAUUGUGAACAAUGUUCAUCAAACUGAAUAUGAAUGUGAAUCAAUGUGGAUAUUAAAUGCUUGCUUCAUUCAGCCAUGAUAUUAUUGUAAUGUGACUUGAAAGAAUUUAUCAUUGUGGCCCUAAACAACACCAAAGGGCAUGACUAUGAAUGCGUGAAUCAAAGUAAAUUUUGAAUUAUAUCUCCUUUAUAGUUUUUGUUUGUUAACCGAUAAUAAUAUUUGCUAUAUAUUUGCAUCUUACAUGUAGUGCAAAUCUGAAAGAUGUUCAUAGAAAAAUAGCGAAUAUCUGAGGAUAUACAUGACUAGGAGGUUUACUCGUAUUUUGUUGUGAGUUGAAAAUUGUCAAACAUUCUGAAUGAAUGUCUGGGACCGGAAUAAACUUCGGCGGAGUAGCUUCCCCUUUCGGAAAAGGUCAGAUAAUAAGUUACCGAUCCUCCGACCACCUGGGACCAAGAACCCAGUUGCCAAGAGCCCCAGUCUUCCAAAACGUCAGCUGUCUCCCGAGCCCCAGGGGAGGGGCAAGGGGGUUGGGCCUGGAGCCCUUCAGGUGCCAGACGAGGGGCAACAGCAGGGCGUCUCACGCAGUCUUGAGGAUCUAGACAGAGAACAUGAGGAGGAACUAACAAGGAAAGAGAAUGGGAGUGGAGGGGGCAGUGACAUCACUGAUGAUGUUAUCGACGGCCCCACCUCUGGCAAUACUGAGACAUCGAAGCGCCAGGCAGAUAUGGUCAAGGUACAGGAGAAGAUUGACAAGAUCAUGCUGCUGAUUAAGGAGGAACAGGGAACAAAAGAAACCAACGUCAAUGAAUAUCUUAAGGUGGCCGGGGAGGCAGACAAGCAGCAGUUGAUACGCAUCAAGCAGGUGUUUGAGAAGAAGAACCAGAAGUCUACAGCCUCGCUGAGCACGAUGCAGAAAAAACUGGAGAAGUACAAAAAGGUUUUAAGUGACAUAGAAACCUAUGGUUCUCACAGACAGCCAAAGGACAAGCUCAGAGAUAUGGGACAAGGGCUCAAGGACGUAGGCGCAAAUAUUGUAGACGGAAUUACUGGUUUCUCAGGAGGAGUGGUGGGGAACAUAAAAGGUGCCAAAGAAUCCAUAGUAUCGAAACCUCGGGAAUUUGCUCAUCUCAUAAAGAACAAAUUUGGAAGUGCGGACAACAUAGCAGCUCUAAUGCACAAAAUACACCAAACAUUGCUGGAAACAGCAGAUGAAAAUCAGCAUGAUGAUGGGGAAAAAUCACAUGGUGGCGGGACAUUGCCUGCAAGACUUCGGCCCCUCUAUCUAAGGGAGAUUAAUGUUGCUAGUGGUGGCAAGUCUGAUGAACAAACACCCAGUUUCAAAUACCUCUCGGAUGAAGAGAAUUCCAGCAUCGCUGAGUCAGGGUCGGGCCUUGGAGGUCAUAGCAGUCCUCCGUCAAACUCCGCCAACACCUCACAGCAAAUAGUCAUGUCUCAGUUGGAUUUUGAUGCGCUUCGAGCGGAGUUGCGCCAGACAAAAGAUGCGAGCAAUGCCCUACGGGAAAAACUGCAGCAGACUUUGGAGGAGUUUGAAUCUUACAAGCUGGACUGCAAGCAGGAGACCAGUGUGCUGCGCAGCCUGCUGGAGGAGGAGAGGUUCAAGCUGGAGAGGAUGGAGGAACAGAUGAAUGAUAUAGUGGAGCUCAACCAGAAUGAGAUCACCAACCUCAAACAGGACAUCUCUGGGAUGGAGGAGAAGAUAGAGUACCGGCUGGAGGAGAGAACCGGUGACAUCCAUGACCUUUUAGAGAACUGCCAAACUCGGAUCACCAAGAUGGAGUUACAGCAGCAACAGCAGCAGAUCAUCUCCAUGGAGAUGGUUGAAAACGUGACGUUCCGCACGAUACUCACCAAACUCAUCAACGUCGUCUUGGCGCUACUGGCUGUGAUACUCGUGUUUGUGUCCACGUUCGCGAAUCUGCUCGCACCAUUUUUGACUACUAGGGCUAGAAUUGUGACCACCAUCGUAAUGAUCACAUCUUUCAUCCUAUCGUGGAACAAUUGGACACAUAUCUGUGACUUCCUUAGUUAUUUGUUGGAUAAUAUACGAUACCUGCUACCCAACAGGUAGCUAUGAGUGAUUUCUCCAUUUUCCCAUUAUAAAGUGUGACACAGUUCUCUCCCUUAUUUGAAGAGAAAUCACUGAUCACAAGAGUUCAUUCCCUUUGGGAAAUAUUUUCCAUUGUGUAGUUCUUCAUUUUAGAAGCCGGAAAAAAAAAUGUCUCCUGCCAAUAUUUCAUGAAAUUACUAUUUUCUUCGUCAUGAAAAGAGUUUGUCCAACAAGCAGAUGGAAUACAUGUGAAUGUUUUAUGUGGAAAGGAUGGACAACAAUUGAAGACUGUAUUAGUACAAUUACAUAAUACCAGUGUUACCUCCCUUUUGUGGUAUACCUGUAGUUAUAUUUCUCCUAGUACAAUAUGUUCCAACUGAGACAAAAGAUUUGUUUCAAUCUGCAGUUUUGAUUCAUUCAUAGAAUGGAAGAUUUUGGUUGUUGUUAUAGUUUAAAAGUUUUAUUGUGAUUUUUAUAACGAAAUACGUUUGAUUUUCCACUGGUGGAAUCUAUUUAAAACAUGUGUUAACCACAAUUUGUGAUAGGAAUUUUGAAGAUGUGCUGUGAAACUGUUGCAUUUCAUUUAGAAUUUUGAUGUAAAUGUAACAGUUUUGUGCACAACUCUGGUAAUGUGUGCUAUCAGUGUGUAUCGUAAAUGUAUCGAAGUAACAUGUGAUAUUUGAAGAGCAUUUUAGAAUAAAUAAAUUGCCAGUAGUUGUUAUUAAUGUCAAAAGGAUUUUUAAAAAUUACAAAACCUUUUUUUAGAAUUGAUUUUUAUGUAUACAUAGUUUUAAUAGGGUUUACAUGCUUUUUUGUGAUUCGGUGCUAUUUGUAAUACAAUUAAUGCAUUUUGAUAUGUUUGAAAAUUCAAAGCUUUGAACAUUAAAAAAGUUGCAAUUUAUUUAUUUGUUAAGAUAAGAAAACCAACAUUGUUUAUUGCAUGUCUUUAAUUUUUAUUGUAAUGCUUGUAAUUUAUUUGAACCUAAGAGUCAUCACUUAAUAAGAAAACCUUAAUUGGGCAUCGGUUUCACUGAAAGAUUUAUUACACUGAAAAUUGAUAUUCUUUAUCAAAAUUGGUUGCCAUGGCUAAGUGGAUAUGGUGUCUGCCUAGCAACUGGAUGGAUAAGGGUUUGAUCCCCACAGUGGGAGCAGUUGUUAGAUCUCCCCCAAAGAUGCCAAGUACUGGUUCCACCCAGGAAAUGAAUUUGAGAGCAUUUCAGCAAGCCUUAGGUUUUCUAUGCAGCAGACAUAAAUAGGUAUAAAUUGGCAAAUUGAAUUUCUUUCUUUAAAUCAACAAUUAAAAGUUCAUUAAUAAAUUUUUAACUUUAUAAAAAGUACUUGGACUCUAUGGCAUUUAACAAUAGCAAUAAUUUGUAUGUCCCCCACUAUAGUAGUGGGGGACAUAUUGUUUUUGCCCUGUCUGUUGGUCUGUCUGUUGGUCUGUUUGCGCCAACUUUAAUUUUGCAAUAACUUUUGCUAUAUUGAAGAUAGCAACUUCAUAUUUGGCAUGCAUGUGUAUCUCAUGAAGCUGCACAUUUUUAGUGGUGAAUGGUCAAGGUCAGGGUCAUCCUUCAAGGUCAGAGGUCAAAUAUAUGUGGCCAAAAUCGCUCAUUUUAUGAAUACUUUUGCAAUAUUGAAGAUAGCAACUUGAUAUUUGGCAUGCAUGUGUAUCUCAUAGAGCUGCACAUUUUGAGUGGUGAAAGGUCAAGGUCAAGGUCAUCCUUCAAGGUCAGAGGUCAAAUAUAUGUGGCCCAAAUCGCUUAUUUUAUAAAUACUUUUGCAAUAUUGAAGAUAGCAACUUGAUAUUUGGCAUGCAUGUGCAUCUCAUGGAGCUGCACAUUUUGAGUGGUGAAAGGUCAAGGUCAUCCUUCAAGGUCAGAGGUCAAAUAUAUGUGGCCCAAAUCGCUUAUUUUAUGAAUACUUUUGCAAUAUUGAAGAUAGCAACUUGAUAUUUGGCAUGCAUGUGUAUCUCAUGGAGCUGCACAUUUUGAGUGGUGAAAGGUCAAGGUCAACGGUAAUCCUUCACAAGGUCAAGGUCAUCCUACAAGGUCAAACAUCAUAUAGGGGGACAUUGUGUUUCACAAACACAUCUUGUUAAACUUAUCUUCUGUGCUAAAAUUGAUUGAUAUUUACUCGUUUUUCCAAACGGCUUUUUCAAUUAAAAUAUUUUGAAAGUGAUAUUUGAAAAGAAAAUGAAUAAAAUAUAGUACUCAAAUAAAUUUUUAUAUAUACUUAACAAAUAUGUUAAAUGAAUACAAAAUGAGUAUUGAAUGUUUGAUUUGUAUUACGGAUUCUGAGUAUCAUAUACACACAAAUCUCACAUUUUAUUUGUAAAUGCAAAAGGUUAAUAUCUCACAUGUUUAUUGCAAAAUAACUUUCCUUGGUACAAUAAAAUGCAUUCUUUUAUGAUUUCUUCAACAAAGCAUACACUUAACUAGAAACUAAUUUUUGUCAUCAUUUGUCAUGCUUAUUUAAUUGUUACAUGUAUACAACAUUUUAAUUUCAAUCCAGUUUCAUCAGUCAAAUCUGCAAAAUAAAAGCUUCGCAUUAAAAAAAAAUAAGCACAAAAAUGAUCUUCAUAUCAGGCAUAAUUCACGUGCAUAAAGUGUCGUUCCAGAUUACUUACCUGUGCAGUUCGCACAGCUUGCUUUUCAAGUAUGACUCUUUUCACUUGUAUUGUAUUUUUAUUUAAAGAAACUCUGUUUUUAGCAAAAUCCAGUUCAUGCUUAAAGUGUCGUCCCUGAUUAGCCUGUGGAGUCAGCACAGGCUAAUCAGGGACGACACUUUAUGGACAUGCAUUAAAUCCUGUUUUCCCAAAGCGAAGUUAAAAUAUUGUCUAGUCCCACUGCUGUUCAUGUGUACCUUUUUCGUCAAUUUUACAAUGUGCCCAGCACAAUAUUUGUUCAACACCCACAUUAUUUUAAAUAUCCCCCGCCACUGUCGGAGGGAUAUUGUUUUGGCGUUGUCCGUCUGUCCGGAGCCAUAUCUUGGAAUUGCUUUAGCGGAUUUCAUUGAAACUUGGUAUGAGUAUAUAUAUGGAUAAGGGGAUGAUGCAAGACAAAUGGCAUUGUACACCAUCUGUUAAUAACAGAGUUAUGGCCCUUUGUAUCUUGAAAAAAUGCUUUUUUGAGUGUCAAAUAUGACAUUUUUGUGUCCAGAAGCAUAUUGGCGGGGGUUAUCAAUUCAACGAAUUUGCUUGUUUGUUUAGAUUUUAUUUGUGUGUGUUCUUUUGUCUUAGUUCAUAGUUAAAUUUGUGUUUCAAUUGUUAACCAUUAAACAGUAGAAUUUAUGAUAAAAACAUCCAUUAGUGUAGGGAAAUAAGUUCCAGAUUUUAGUCUCUGCCCCACAUCAGUACUUUUCUUUAACCCUUUACCAACCCUUUACCACUUAGAUACGUUCUUUUGGCGCAUGUGUGUGUAAAGUCCCUUGGAAAGUUAAAUUUAAUUCAAGACCUUUCUUACUAGAUUCAAGUUUUAAAGGCUUCAUACCAACCCUUAUAUACUGAUUAGCAGCAAACAGCUUAAAACGUGAACAGACUACGAGUUACUCGCAGGCUGUUCUGGUUUUAUGCUAUUUGCACAAAACCAUUUUGACUUUGCUUCUGAGUGGGAAAGGGUUAAAUUUAUGUUUAUUAUGACUUCAUAUAUUCAAAUAUGUGAAAAAGCCAUAUUUGGAUGGUUUAAUUGAAAUCUAUCCUUUUUUUAUUAACUGCGUGCUUAACAUUAGUAUUUAUUGAUUAUUUAAUGGCAAUAUUAUUUGUAAUCUAUAUAACUGUAGUAAUAAUAAUGAUAAUAAUAUAAUGAUAAUAAUAAUCACUUAAUAUCAGUUAAUACAACUUUUAUUUAUACAUGAAUAAUCCCAUGUGUUAUACAAUAUUUAACUGUUUAUACUUGUAAUUAAACGUUACCUGUAGUCAAGCUUAGGGCAAUAACUGUUCCUCUAAACAUGUAUAAUACAAGACAUUUUGAGUGAAAAUAUAGCAUUGAAAAUGUCUAAAGUAUGUAUAUAACAGUAUCUUUUGUCAGUAAUAACUAUUACAGUGAAAAGGCCAUUUGCUGUGUGCUUAAAAAAUAUUUGGUUUUGUUUUCAUACGAGUCCUUAAAGGCUCUCUGCUCUCUUGUUUGGAAUAUUGUGGUGUUUCAUCAACUUUCCAGGUUCAAUAUAUCAAUGAUUAUAUAUUCCAUUUAUUUAAGUGUGCAACUUUAACAGUGUAAAUACAAUAUGUGUUACUGUAGAACGAAUUGUCCAUUCAUGUUACUGAUGGAUUUGGUCUCGUUCAUUGUUUGUCAUUUUGUCGUCAGUCUCAGACUUUGUAAGUCAUGUUUUCACCAUUGAAACUUAUGUCCAAUAAAUGUAUGAACCCUA